AUGAUCUUUAUUCUUUUGAAGGGUGGCUAUGGCAUCGAAGAUGAGAUGUGCGUCAACUAUAUCCAUUACUAUCCAGCAGCAAGUAUAGAAGUAUGCAAAAGUGCUGUCGACAAUACAACACUUCGUAAAUUCUUCAAAAAAUUGUAUGUGAUAACAUUUGUACAAAUUUUGCCAAAUGCUGUUCCUCUUUUUAGAGGAUACAAAAGUGCUCUGCUCAAUCCUCUCUCACCGCUGCGCGUGCAAACGAAACUUCUAGCGUCCAGUGCAUUUUUGCUCUUUCUCCUCGCCUUGGUAACCCAGUUAAUGUUGCAUCUCAGUUAUAAACUGGGUGUUUAA